UGCCUUAAGGUGGUUGCCCAAGACCAACCUCUGUGAGCCUUGGUUUCCUCAUGUGUAUAACCUCAAAAUUACUAUUAUCAAUUACCAACAAAUAUUAAGUGUCUACUACGUUCCAGAUCGGACACUGCCAGUGCCUGGCAUGUACUAGAGACAACCUCAGAAAAGCAGGACUCAUGAAGGGGGCAGAGCCAAUGCCUACAUUUUCACUCUAAUUACUAUAAGCAGCUAAUGGCCAGGCUGUUGCACCCCCCGAGACUUUUUCUUAAGAAAUCUCUCCCUCUCUCUCUCUUUCUCUUUCUCUGCUCCUGCUUUUGAGCACUUCAAGGAUAUGUAGCCAACUUGUAGAAGAGGGAGCCCUUCUGCCUGAAUUUCAAGUAAAUUAACAAAUUUCAAGCUGCUAUGGUGGAAGUGAGGCCAUCGAGAAGCCAGACAUCUGCUUAAAGAUGACAAGCAUCCCUUUGUAAUUACAGACACAGCAGUCUCAGGAUUCCACCCUCUCCUCUUUGAUCUGGAGAAAGAGAAAAGCCGGACACUUCCACGGAUGAAUUUGGAAUUAUAGAUAGGGAAGUUAGACAAUAAGGGGUGAUAUUUUCUUUCAGUACAAGAUUCAUCCAAAUUAUCUUUAACAAGUACAUAUUGCUCUUUUAAAAUAUUUUUUCUUUUUCUGAGCUCAUUGAAAAACAGACUCAAGUGUAAUCCCUUUUAUAGGAGGGAAAUUGUUUUUUUUCAAAGUCAGACCAAAAAUGUUUGCACGUGUCAACCCCUAUUUCGUGGCCCAGUAGCACUUUACCUCUAUACCCCACCUUACAAACAUCAUCUCCAGUCCUUACAACAACCCCGUGCACAGGUUCAAUUAUUUUCAUCUUACCAUUGAGGAAACAAAGGCUCAAAGUCAGCUAGUUUGCCCAGGGCUACAUAGUAGCAGGUGGCCAAGGUGACCAAAAUCCUUGCCCUUCAGCUGUGUCCAUGGGGUGGGUAAGCUUGUGACCUGCUCUGACCAGCUCCCAUUCCCAUCUCUACAGCCUCCAUGUACUCGGAGAUCCAGAGGGAACGGGCAGAGAUUGGUGGCCUGAUGGCCCGGCCUGAGUACAGAGAGUGGAACCCAGAGCUCAUCAAGCCCAAGAAGUUACUGAACCCUGUGAAGGCCUCCCGGAGCCACCAGGAGCUGCACCGAGAGCUGCUCAUGAACCACAGAAGGGGCCUGGGUGUGGACAGCAAGCCCGAGCUGCAGAGGGUCCUGGAGCACCGCAGGCGCAACCAGCUCAUCAAGAAGAAGAAGGAGGAGCUGGAGGCCAAGCGGCUGCAGUGUCCCUUCGAGCAGGAGCUGCUGAGACGGCAGCAGAGGCUGAGCCAGGUGAGAGGGGCACCCAGCCCAGCUGUGCCUCCACCAAGCACGUUUCUUGGCCCAAGUAAGAGCUCUGCAUGUGGCAGCAUCUGGCAAGUUGAGCAAAAUGAGGACUGGACCGUGAGUCCACUGUUGGCCUGAGUCCUCACUCCACCACUCGCUUUGCUGUGUGACCCUGGGCCAGUGGCUCCCCCUCUCUGAA